AUGAGUGGCGGGUGGAACACGAUCGAGUCGGACGCCGGCGUCUUCACUUAUCUCCUCGAGAAUCUCGGUGUCAAAGGGGUCCAGUUCGAGGAGCUCCUUACUCUCUCACCUGACGACCUUGCUCCGCUUCAGCCUGUCUAUGGCAUCAUCUUCCUUUUCCGCUACCCCUCCGAGGGCUUGCCUCCGCGACCCAAAGAGUCCUACGACGAGGACGCCGCCGAAAGUCUAUUUUUUGCGCGCCAGACCAUUCAGAACGCCUGCGGCACCCAGGCCCUUCUGUCAGUGGUCAUGAACAAGAACGAUGAAGUCGAUAUCGGUGAUCGCCUGGGCGAGUUCCGUGAAUUCGCCAUGGCCCUACCACCCGAGUUCCGCGGAGAGGCCCUGAGCAACUCGGAGCUCAUUCGGGAGGUCCAUAACAGCUUCGCAAAGAGCAGCCCUUUCGUCGACGAGACGCAGAGGGGCGACGAGGGUGGCGAGGACGCGUUCCACUUUGUCGCCUACUCGUCUAUUGGAGGCAAGCUGUACGAGCUUGACGGACUGCAGCCAGCACCCAUCUCACAUGGCGACUGCACUCCGGAAGAAUUUCCCGUCAAGAUAUCAGGCAUCCUAUCAGACCGCGUAGCCACAUAUGCGAGCAGUGAGAUUCGAUUCAACGUCCUGGCUAUGGUCAGGGACCCGAGGAUCGCUGCGGCAGAGAUUGGAGAUCAGGAGACGAUUGCGCGCGAGUCCGAGAAGAGGCGGCAGUGGCAGUGGGAGAAUGCCCUGCGCAGGCAUAACUUCGUGGGCUUCGCCGGAGAGGUCAUGAAGGGGGUUGUUGGCGAGAAGGUCAAGGCGGGUAAUGGGGCCUACGAGGCGUGGAUCAAGGAGGGCCUGGAGAGAAGGAAACGUGACGAAGACGCCACGAGGUUACGGAGGAGGAUGGGCGGCGGAGACGGAGACGAGGAGAUGAUCGGUUAA